CUCGAUUCGAUGAGUAUAGCUCUAUCGCCGAUGCACUAUGGACUCCACGACAGACGCCUCGCCAUCACCAUGUCACCAGUCGUCUCUUGGAAACCGUCUUGCGAUGUGGCUGCCCUCCCUCCGGCUGCAUUCCUCGCUGCAUUCAACGCUGCGCAUUCCUGAUUGUUUACAGAUCACCCCUGGAGCUCGCGCGGCAAAGAUCUUGGCUCUUGACCGCCAUGACGCAGCAGCUGAGAAUUCGAUUCGAGCCUGACGGCGAAGAUGCCCUGUCCAUGAGCCGCCAGCAGGCCGACGGAUUCGCGAGUCUAUCCUGCCUGUUCGGCGAGGACGACCCGAAGAACGUCGAACCCGAGGCCGAGAACCAGCCGCUGCACUUCGAUGCGUCGGCCAUCGGCGUCACAAAGCGAAUCGCCAGGCUGGUGCUGCGCCCGGCGGCUCACAUCGCCGCCGCCAUCAACAAGUGAGCGUCGUCCCGUCCACGAGGCAGAUCUAGGCAUCCAAUCCAUCCAGUGGACAGACAGAUGGGGCAUCAGUGCUCAUGGAAUGGAUGGAUGGAUGGAUGGAUGGAUGGAUGGCGGUCAGGUCCACGUUGGUCGAGUGCCUGCACGCCCUGGAUGCGUUCGACUGCUCGUGUGUGGGUGAGGUGCUGAAGGAGGUGGAGGACAAGGCCCUCUGGGGCCACUGGUUUGCCGACGAGACCCUCUGCGCAGCCAUGCUCGACAAGCUCGUGGACGGACCCGCCAUCUACCAGACCUUCCUAAUGCUCCCAGGCAUGAAGACCAUGGUGGGUGUCAGAGAAGGGGAUGGAUGUGUGGCUCGGCGGAGGGCGGUGUGUGUGUCUGUGUGGAUGUGUGUGUGUGUGCAGGUGGCCAAGCGCAUCAUCGACCGUCCCGACGUGGUGGCGCACUACAUGCGGCGCGUCGAGCUGUACCGCAACAAGGCCUACGAGCAGGCCGCCGAGUGCGUGUGGAUCAAGAACGUCAUGGCCACCACCCUCACCAUGGCCGAGAAGGGCGAGAUCGAACUCACCAAGGAAAAGCUCGAGAACUUCCUCGUCAAGGUGACAACACAGAUGCGGAGAGAGAGGGGAACACACUCACACACACACACACACACGUGUGUGCACAUCUGUAGACCUGGGUGUGUGGUGUGUGGUGUGGGUGUCAGUCGACAGAUACGGCCACGGUGACCGAGGCGAUGGAGAAGCUGUUCUGCUCGCGUGACAUGCACCUCUGCACCACCGAGCUGAUCGAGGACCCCUUCAAGAGCGGCACAUCCACACACAUCGGACAGAUGGAAGUCCAGUGCGGCGGACAGGUCAGGACAGGAUAGCAGCCCAGCCCCCCGACAGACACCCCACCACACACCCCACCCCAUCACCAGAGAGAGAAGAACGCCACACUCUCCCUCAUCGGCCCUCUCGUCUGGUGUGUAUGCGUGUGAUGUCUGUGCACUGCAGACGAAAAUCACCCCAGGCAACCACUUCUUCUCACUGGUGAGUUGGUCGCUGCUCUCGGUUGGUAGUGAGUGGCCCAAGAAAGAAUGCGUGUGUGUCUGUCUGCACAGGCGCAUGGCGUGGAGGUGAAUCAGGGGGAGAGCAUGAAGUUGGCGGACAUCGAGCGGUUCGAGCUGCUCCUCACACCCACCACCGACUAUGGCCUGCAGACGGCAUGCUUCAACGGUACACACACACCGCCACACAACACCACACACGCGUGUGAAUCAUGUACCUCUCUCUCUCUCUCUCUCUCUCCCUCUGUGUGUGUGUGUGUGUGUCCUUAUGUUGUUGAUAUCAGGCCGGGCGGUGUACACCCUGGGUGGGACUGAGCUCGUGGCCGGCAUACUGCCCGCAGGAAGGUGACUGAGCAGCCACAGCUGGCCAACACAAACACACCACCAGCACCAACAGCACCCCUCCCCGUGUGGUGUGCCCUGCCUGUCUGUGCACACACCAGCCUGUGUGUGUCGGUGGGAUCGCACACCGAGGGAGUGUUCCAGGCGACCCGUUUCCAGAAGAAGGAACAGUACGUCGGCAGCGAGGCCACGCUGGCUGAGGUGGAGGUCGAGGUGACGGUGUACUUCUACCCCAUGCGAACCUUCGCUCUGCACUACCUGCGGAUGCUCAUCGAAUCGGUGCAGAGGGUCACUCACGGUCUUGACGGUCCCUCCUCUGUGUGCGUCGUUCAGCGCUCGUUUGACGUGUUGGGUGAGGUCGUGCACUGGACGAGCAAGCGCAACUCCGCGCCUGUGAGCGAGUGCCUCUGCAUGUUCAUCGCAUACGCCACCAAGGGUGGGUGGGACCCUCAAGCCACACACGCCACACGCACAUAAUGGCCGCUUCUCAUGCCCCUCUCCCCAUAUGUGUGUGUGGUGUGUGUGUGUGUGUGUGUAUGCAGAACUGAUAUGCCCCAUGGAGUUGCUCACCACGUGGUUCAGCCACUGGGAGGACGUACGCAGCAGACACACAGGCUACAAGUGAGAGUGUCUGUGUCGUGACUAUGACGUGUCUGUAUGUCUGCAGACGCUGAGUUCGUGGACGUCGACCAAGGCCGGCCGCCUCAUCAGCGGCAGCGACCCCGCCGACAUCCAGCCACACGCACUCCGCAUCCCAACACUCGUCCAGGUCAGGUGCCCUCACUCCCCACCCACACACAGUCAGACAUACGGAGAACGAACGCACCGGCCAUCCCAUCCACCCCUCCCUCUGUGUUGUGUGCAGUUGCUGAGCCCCACCAUCGACGGCAACAUCAAGUCGGACCUCAAGGCCACCCUCCUCUCCCAGCCCGUCAUCGACACCCUCUUCGACGCCUGGCUGGCCUCCAAGCCCGGCGAGGACGCCAUGGACACCUCCAGCCACGCGCGGAGCACCAAUGACAGCAACAAGCGCGCGCUGGACACCUCACAAGCGCCCUCGCCCAUCAGCGACUCGCACACCCCCAACACACCACCGCAUGGCGGCGACAAGGAUGCGAAGCGCCCGCGAUUCCAAUGACCCACCACAGCACACACACAGAGGCGGGAGGGGAGGGGGGCAUUGUCUUUUGGCGCGGCACAGGUAGCAAUCGUAGACGUAGACAGAGAAGCCUCGUGUAGAUUUGGUGAGGCAAGAAGAGCGACAAACGAGUUGACGGUGGAUUGGCCUGGAGAUCUAGAUGGAGGUGCCCGGCCAGUGAGUGGGAUACCAGCGGCAAGUCAGACCGAUUCACCUAGAUAGGAUAGAUCGUAGGAUGGCUUCCCAGAGAGUCAGAGAGUCAGACAGACAGACAGACCGACGGCCGGGUGCGUGCCGUGCCGCGUACAGGCGGCUGGCAGGCUAGAUAGGCUGUGUGCAGGAAGGCCUGCAUGCCUUGCCCACCGGCAAGCAGCGUGCCGCCCAGGUAGCUAGCUCACUGCUGCUGACUUUUGGCAGACGUGACGGACGUAUGAGUAGCUUUAGUGUCAUCUGUGCUGCUGCUGGCUGGUGUGCAGAUGGGCUUGGG